AUGAAGUCCUUAACAAAGUUUAUAAGAAGCUCCUCUGAGAAGACUAUCCGCAAACAAUCUAGCGCGAAUAGUCUGGCUGGUGCGCCAUUCUCAAAGUCUCACAAUACUAUUAAUCUGUCCGUGGCGGAUGGGGCCAGCAGUCGGGACGUUCCAUUGUCCUGCUGCUUUGCCGCACCCUCUCCCAGCUGCACUCUAUCGCAAAAGAACUACAUCAACUUGCUGCCAUACGACAUCCUCCUCACAAUCACAUCUAUGGUGCACCAGAACACUAUCCUCACUCCACAGUUUAUCAAUAUCGCGCUGGUCUGUCAGCUGUGGCACAAGCUGGCGCGACUCAAUGGCAACAACAUCGUGCUGGACCGAUUGUUCAGACGCAUGGACGCCAGCAAGAUGAAGAACAGCACGAUCGAAAGCACCAUCAACUACAUCACAUAUCGAUACCCUUCGCUCGACUCGGUCGUCCUGUCACGUCUGUCGCUGGGUGCCACACACUUUAAACAUACAAUGUUCUUUGUCGAUCACAUGGAGCGCAUCUUUAGUGUAAAGGUCGACCUGAAUAAGUGCGACUCUAAGGAGUUUGCCCAGCUCUGCACCGUGCUCAAGACCAAGCGACCACUCAAGACGAUCUCUAUGGACAACCUCACAUCGCAACACCAGUUCUAUCUGCUUGAUCUGCUGGAACACUCAACGUCCGUCUCGUCGGUCACUCUGAACAACAUCAAUCUGGUGGCACAGGAGGACGCCACUAGUCUACACAACUACCUCGUCGAGGCCAAGACCCUCACCGAGCUUAACAUGUCUUUCACUGGCUCGCAGCCAGUCGAGACCGUCAAGCAGAUGCUGGCGGCAAACUCGUCUCUGCGCCACAUCCGACUCACCUGCCUGCCGACCAACGCCACACAGAUGCGUCCGCUCUCCAAGUUUGUCUAUCCAUUCCAAACACUGUCGACUCUGGUACUGUCCAACUGCGAUCUUAACAACAUCGAGAUCGAGCAGCUGGCGCACAUCCUCACGACCAACCGCAGCAUCAAACAUCUGGACCUGUCGCACAACCGCUUUGUCCAGCCCAAGGCCAUCGCCACGCUGCUGGCCGCCAUCACAGAGAAUGAACAGCUGCCGCUUGUAGAACUCAACCUAUCUGGACUGGCAUGCAACGACGCCGUGCUGAAGCAGCUGGGACAAUUCAUCAGCAAGAGCAAGCGUCUGCAGCGAUUGGAUGUGUCAGACUGUCCUCUCCAGUGGACCGAGAGCUUUGCCGAGUUUGCUCAGAGUCUGGGCGAGUCGCGCACGCUCACCUCACUCAAGCUCAAUGGCAACAAGAUCAAUGCCAACCACUUCCACGACCUAAUCAAUAUCCUCUGCUCCAAAGACACGUCCAUCGCCAGUCUAGAGCUGUAUGGCACACUCAACCCAACCAUUGGCAACCAAUAUAGAGACCGACUCAAGAAGAAUGACAAUGGAACACUUUUCAUGGAUCUGCUCAACAGCAGGAUCUAUCGAACUGUCUAA